UUCUGUUUGCGUGUCCACAGUAGCCCUACUGGUUGUGACACUGUAUGAACUUGCUUAGGAUUUGUUAAGUUGUGUUACCUGUGCGCUUCACUGCGUGUCAAAUACAAAUCUAAACUAUGCGAUUUCAUCUUUUAAAUGUUGGCAUUUUGUAGAUUUAUGGAAGUAAAGAGUCUGCAGCAAAGUUUGUAGAGGUUAAAUGAGGAAUUUUAUAAAAUGAGGUAUAAGCAGUAUAUUUAGAAAGGGUAUUUUCUAAGUGACACUGCUUGUUUUUGGUCUUAAUUAGAAUUAGAAUUUUUUAUGUGCUACAGAUUCUUCAUACUACAAGUCAGUGAUGUGGAACAUGUCAUACUACGAAUACAGAUACAAUGGAAAACGGAGCAAGUAUAAAUAAUGUUUCUUUGGAAGACAACGAAAUGAGUGUUGAUAAUUUUUCACCCAGAGUCAGCCAAAGUUCUAGUUUGAUAUUGAGUAAUACUUUUCAAACUGAGCGGAGUAACUUCCCACUGAGAGCAGAGAUACACAGUGGCAAUAAAUAUUCGAGAAUUAUAAUGGCUAGUGAACAUAAGAGGUGCGUUUUUAAAAGCAAGACUGAAGGGGGAAUGCAGGAGGUCCCAGAAUGUGAGGUGCCUUCUGAUGGUGAACAAGAAACGAUAGACCAAGCACAGCGUAUAGAAAGACAUUUCAGUACACGUUUUGGAACCCAUAUUGAGCACAUCAGUGAAAAUAAGAGAAGAAAAUUUGAGAUUCCAAAAUCUGGUACGUCAGUGAACACAAAGACAGUAAAGAGAGCGGGUCCAUACCUUUUGGGCCCAAUACUGGGGAAUUCCCCUGUCAGAAGUAUUGUCCAGUGUUUAGCCAGGAGACAUGGGACUGAUAACUUCUACACAUUAAAGGUCUUAACAUUGAAGGAUGCCGAAGAAGAGACUCAGGAUGAUCGGCAGGGAAAGAUGUUGCUUCACACUGAGUACUCGCUCCUCUCACUUCUUCACAAUCAAGAUGGAGUCAUUCAUCAUCAUGGAUUCUUUAAAGAUAGUGCAUUUGAGGAACAUCAGACAGAAAAUGGCAGCCUUCUGUACACUGGCCGAAUGAAGCAGAGACUGUGCCUUGUUUUGGACUGCCUAUGUGCGCAUGACUUCAGCUCCCACAGUACAGACCUCCUGAACCUCCAGCACUACGUCAUACGGGAGAAAAAACUAAGCGAGAAGGAGAGUAUCGUUAUAUUCUACGACACAGUUCGAGUAGUCGACAGCUUGCACAAGAGGAAUAUCGUCCAUCGAGACCUGAAAUUAGGUAACCUGGUGUUAAAUCGCCGCACGCAUCGUGUCACCAUCACCAACUUUUGCUUGGGGAAGCACUUGGGUAGUGAGAAUGACCUACUGAAGGACCAGCGAGGGUCUCCCGCGUAUAUUUCUCCUGAUGUCCUGUGUGGAAAGCCUUACCUUGGCAAGCCAUCAGACAUGUGGGCACUGGGCGUGGUACUGUUCACUAUGCUGUAUGGCCAAUUCCCAUUCUAUGACUCCAGUCCAACGCAACUGUUCAGCAAGAUCAAAGCUGCUGAUUACUCCAUUCCAAGUGAUGGCAGAGUGUCUGAGAGUACAAUAGCACUCAUCCGUCAACUAUUGAUCCUGGAGCCUCAGAAGCGAAUGACUGCAUCUGAAGUGUUAGAUUCCCUCAUGGUCAUUAUUGCAAGCAGCAAGCUGGAGACAAACCCUGACAAACUCUUACAGAUUGUACCUGACGUUGAUGACUCAAAGGAAGAUAAAAGUGAAGUUAAACAGUGCCUGCAGGAGGUGCCAGUAGCUGAUAAAUUGGAGGAUUUCUGUCACAAAAUAACACUACAGGAGCAGAUUGAGAACGUGCAGCACAUCAGACAGUCGAUGAUGGCCAUGCAGUGCAACAGAUGUGUGGGGCACAUUCCGAUGCAGAGGAUUGGACAAGAUGCCCGGGAGGUGACUGUGGAAGAGCUAGCUCAAUAUCAGCAUUUGCUACCCCCAGUACAAAUUGGUCAGCCAUUCAGCGUGACAUCUCAGCCGGCCUGGAGUGUCUCCUCUGGGGAUACUCAGAGAGCCCAACCAGUCAACGAUACUGGUAACACGGGUAGGGUAAUGGUGCCUGUGGUGAGUUCUGGCAUACAUUCUCAACCUCAUCAUCAUCAUCCAGAUGCAUCUGUCCCUUUGUACCAGCCACAGUCCUCUCGAGGGGUGUCACAGCAUACAAAUGUCGACAGUUUUGUUCCGGGGUCACAUUGUCAUUCUAAUGGGGGACUUACACACUGUGCUUUACAUGGCGGUUGCCUUGCACACGGAGUCCGAAAUCUGACAGCCGUGCAAACACAGGGUAAUGGAGAACUGGGGCAGAAUCAUCUGAACUCUUCUGUGGUUAAUCAAAGGAAGGUAUGUGUUGUGGACGGCUGUGGUUAUCAGCAGCAGUCCUAUGGCAAUGAUGCACCUGGAAGCAGUACAUCAUGCAGAAGCAGGAGCAGUAAUUCUCCCUCUAAUCAAGUAGAGCCAGUUGUAACUUCUGUUGUUCUUUCAAACAGAGAUACUACCACUCGACAACAGCAAUUGGCAUCAUUUCUGUCAUCUCUGGGGUUAACUUCUACAGUCACAAUCCCACCUGUCCCAUACAUAUGCAAUUCACAUCUCUCUCAUCGGCAUGAAAUGCCAGGGCAUGCCCCACAGCAAGCAGGAUCAAGGAGCUUUAACUGUGCCAGAAACAGCGCUUCUGCGAGUCGGAAUGCGGGUUCAUCAGUUCAGCCUUUGCGACGUGCAAGAGAUGGACCCAGUAGUUCUGUCCUGCAGAGUGUAUCACAGAUCAGACGAGGUGCUGCCAGGCACUGUACCAUCUCACCACGUGUUCAGCAUAACAUUGUACAAAACCUGUCCUUGAUCAUUCAGUCUCGCCUUGAAGCCACUAACAAUCAAACUACUGAUGAUGGCUCUAAUGGAAGAGGAAGAAAUUAAUGGCAUCUGGCAGUGUUGCAUAGAGUUUAUGAUUGUACCUGUUUUCCCUUGUUCUGUGCAUAAGAGGGUUUCUUUUAAUAGAUUGAUAUUUUAUAUGUUGGCUUUCUGGAUUACAAUCACUGUAUGGAUAACUGGGGGAGGGGGGGAGACUUGUUAUGGGCUGAAGAGCUAGGAUGUGAUUCCUGGCAAGGGUUAUUUUUUUGUUGCUGCAACAGUGACCAGUGGGCCCCAUCUAGUCUCCUAUCCGGUGUGUACUCAGAGGGUUCUUUCAAGGAGUGAGGAGCUGGUCACUCACCUCCAUUCGGUGCCAAGAGUUAGAAUGUGUGUUGCUGCACUCUAUAUAUCUUCUUAGCAUAAUGCAUAGAUGCAUGAAAACUUUGUAUAGUGAACACGGGCUGGCAAAGUAAUAGAAAGGUAUAGAGUAUUUGUGGAACUAUUAUAUUUGCUGUAUACUUAAAGGCUUUAUUUUAUAUCACUGGAACUUGCUGAAAUAACAUCACUUGCCAUACCCAUCAUUUUAGUCUUUUUUUAUAUUCUACAGUUAUUACAGUGCAUUAUGUUGAUUUUGGUGAAAACCUACAAUUUUUGUACUUUAAAAAAUGUUCAUCAGUCACUUAUAUUUAAAUGAUGUGAGACAUGUGGAAAGGGAAAAAGGAGCAUAACUCAGAAAGGAGGAUUUGCUGAACUCAUAUGAAUUUUGUUUUGUGCAGCUAGCCGGCACAUUUGUGCUAAAUAUUUAAAGUUACACAUAGUAUGUCAGCAUAUCACAUGGCAUUACCAAAAAUAUUAUCUUUCAUGGGCUGACUGCACCUGGUAGUCCACAUAUAGUUAUGGCUGAAGAAAGUUUGUUGCUUUCACAUUAUUAAAUACUAUAAAAUGUUAACUUUUCCUAUAAGUUUUAAAACAAUCCAAGAACUUCCUGAUGAAGACCACUGCCAUCUGUAUUUAAUCUCAAUUACUCCAAUCAGUCAUUAUGUAUUUCAAUAUUGAGUUUACAGAUGGCACUCUUAUCAUAUUUCUACUAUUUUGUACUUAUCAUUAGAUCAUCUGUGAUCAGAAGAUUGUAAUGGAGUCUUGUUUGAAAUGUGAAAAAUGUGUGCUAUAAAAUAUGUAUUUAUGGAUCUUA